CAGGUAUUUUUCUUCUCAUAAUUAGUUUUAUUCAAUAUGGAAAAACUUGUUUUGCUUUCCGUUCUUUUUAGUCUGGCCUCUUGCAAUUCUCAGUGUUUCUUAGAGAAGAAAGAUAAAUGUGAAAGUAAGGCCUGGGAAGAAUUACUGGAAGCUGAUUUGUAUGAUUAUUGCAGCACUAAACCUAAAAUUAUAAAGUGCAUCAAAACAGCAGCCACUGAUUGUCGCAUGGGAUUUCAAAAAGAAAGUGAAAAACUAUUGUCAGCCAUAACGGACGUGUGCACAGAAGGAUCAAAGCUAAACAAAGACUUAAAAAAACACGAAAAAUGUUUGGAAAAAGCGGUAAGUGAGUCCACUCAUUGCUUGAAACCUAUCACAGAAAUAAUGGAGAAGAAAGGAGAUCUAACCCCUGAUGAAAUUGUAGAAGUUCAAAGAAUAGGAUGUUUAAACAUAGAUAAAAUUAAAGAAUGCAUGUUUGAGAGUGCAAAAUCAUUGUGCGGUUCAGAGGCAGACACUUUCCAAAGAACAAUUUAUGAACCUGAAGCUGAUGUUCAGAAAAAAGUGUGUUCGGAAGUCAUGAAAGUUCAAUUAGAGAAAAGAGCCAAUGGAAAUACCGAAGUCAGACUCUUAUCAUCUUUCCUCGCUCCUUUCACGAUGAUGUAGAACAUGCAUUUCCGUAUAAGCCAAGGGUUAGAAAUCGAUUUCAAAGAUGUAUGUAACCUUGAUACAAUAUUCAUAGAAAAAAAAUUAUGUUUGAAGCUGAAAUCUAAAAAAAAAGCUGGAGUACUUUGUUUUAUUGAUAUUAUUGCAUGUAUGAAAAUAAUUUAUG